CCUGAAAGAUCAUUCUGUAUGGCUGACACUUUCAUUGAUUAUCUCAUGUAUUACAUGGUUUGUACAUACUUCUAUAAACCACAAAAGAAAAUUCAGGAUGUUCACACGUAGUAUAUGCUUUGAUUUAAAGUACAUCUAUUUCCCAAAUUUCUACAAAUAUACUCACAAUAGUUACACGUAUCUGAUAUAUUCGUAUUACUUCAAUGGUAAUUGAUUACAAAUAAUGUGGAUAGAAUUAGUUUGUAAUCUACCGAUGAUGGAUAUAAAUAAGUCAAGGAGUGCUGAUCCAGUGUACGGUCUUUGUGUGUGCCACAGGGGCAACACUUUUGUCCAUCUUUUUGCGCAUGCGUUAUAGAGUACCAGAUGGCCCAAUCAUCUAUUUAACACACGCCAAAACCUGAGGGUGAUUUCCAGAAGAUGGCGACCGCUCUGGUGGUGUCAACUUCGGUUCCUGCUCAUCCUGAAAAGGAAAAAUGUGAAACAUUAAUUCAAAAGGUUAUGAGUCCUGAAGCCUACAUCAAGCAUCCUUUACAAAACAAAUGGGCUCUUUGGUUUUUCAAGAAUGACAAAAGUAAAACAUGGCAAGCCAACCUUCGUCUGAUCUCAAAAUUUGACACUGUGGAAGACUUCUGGGCUUUAUACAAUCACAUUCAGCUAUCAAGUAACUUGAUGUCUGGCUGUGACUACUCAUUGUUUAAGGAUGGGAUUGAGCCAAUGUGGGAGGAUGGACGGAAUCGACGAGGUGGCCGCUGGCUGAUAACUCUGUCCAAGCAGCAGCGUAGAGCAGACCUGGAUCGGUUCUGGUUGGAGACGCUCUUGUGUCUUGUGGGUGAAGCUUUUGAUGACCACAGUGACGAUGUGUGCGGCGCCGUCAUUAACGUCCGAGCCAAAGGAGAUAAAAUAGCAAUAUGGACCACAGACUACGAAAACAAAGAAGCCAUCACACACAUAGGUCGUGUUUACAAAGAGAGAUUAGGCGUUCCUCCGAAAGUGAUCAUCGGGUACCAGUCACAUGCAGAUACCGCGACAAAGAGCGGCUCUUCAACCAAGAACAAGUUUGUUGCCUAAGGACUGUUAACCAGUAUCAUCAACCAUGCCUUUUUCUGUUGCCAGCAUAGAUUUUCUGUAAUCUUUCUUACAUUUUUAUCCACUAACGACAAACAUUUGAAGUGGAGAUCAAAUUUCUUUCUGUUUGCCUGUUUGUUGCUACUUAACCAAAGCUUUUGUUUAUGGUAAGGGUAUGUGCAGUUUAAAUGUAGCACUAUCAUCCGAGAACCUGAAUAUUUUUGUGGUGGUGGGCUUAAGAUGGGUAAAAGAUGUUGUGAUACCCACAUUUCAUUUUCAAAUGCAGCUGCAUAUAUGUGGAGAUUUUGAUUUAUCACCCGCUUAGUGUAUGUCAGUUAUUUUUCUUAAAGUACUCAACAUUAAAGGCAAAAAGAACAAAGUAAAACACGUUCUACUUUUGGUAUAAACUAGCUCUUUAUUACUCUAGUGCCACACAGUCAAAUUACAAUAUACUGUACGUGUAUGGCUUUAUUGCACAUAUAGUUAGAAUUUUAAACCAUACAUUGUGAUAAAACCCACAUCUUAAAGUUUACACAUUUAUAGAAUUUUUUUUUUUUUUUUUUUUUUAAUUCCGCAGUUUUGACGUCUUUGUGGAGUUGUUUUCAGGUUGAUAAUUAUUUCAAAGUUGCUUUAAUGCUGAAGUUGCAAAUAGGAUGUUCUUUAUGUUUAGUUUCUUGUGCAAUAUGCGACGUGUUGAUGUACUCCUGGUGCUUCAUAAUGAGUUAGUGGUAUAUUUUGAAGUUUACUUAUUUGCCACUUGAGUAAAAUAUAAAAUUUUUCACCAAAAUGGACUGUGAAGCAUACUGUGUGCCUCAGAUUUAUCACUGGAGGAAAUGCAAGCUGUUCAGGCCUGAGCUAUUGAUAUACUUUUUUUCUCUUGUACACAAAUCUCUAGAAUUUUGAGUUUCAGAGCACAAAGAUGUCAAUGAUGAAAACCGCAUUUUGUAUCGCCGUAUGAUAUUUUCCAAAUGUACAUAUUGUUUGAUAUGUACAAUGUUUAGUUAAAAAGUCAACUUGUUUGGUCAGUUUCAUUGAUCUACUGCUUUUGAUGAAGUUUACAAAGUAGAAAUAUUUCCACUCCAGAUUUUGUUUUAAUUGUGGCAUAAGAAAAGAAAAUGUUUGGAGAGAUUGAACUGUGCCUUUACUGUAACAAAUUGCCUGAUCUUUCUCCGUAGUAAAUGUGUAAAGGAGUGAUGUAAAUAAAACAUGUACAGUU